CGCGUAAAUAAAUUUGUGAUGGUGCGUAGAUCUGCCAGAUUGAGAGAGCAGGAUGUCCAAGAGGCUAGUCCAGAGCCCAAAAAACAAAAGAGAGAGGUGAAAACCCCGGCUGCAGGCAAAUUGACUGAGGAGAAGAAGUCAGUGGAAAAAAAGGAGUCUACCAAAGUGGAGCCAAAGAAAACGCUACAAGAAGGGGACGUGCUUCCUGACGAUCUGGAACUGGAGAACCAAGACGGCGAGAAAGUUGCCGUUGCACAGUACGCGAAGGACGCUAAGAUUUUGGUCGUGUUCUUGUAUCCAAGAGCCUCGACUCCAGGAUGUACGCGUCAAGCCGUCGGUUUCAGAGACAAAGCCGAGGAAUUGACUAAAUUGGGCGUCACUGUAGUGGGGCUUAGCUCAGAUUCGCCUAAAGCACAGACUAAUUUUAAAUCCAAGCAACAACUGCCCUACGAAUUGUGGUCUGACCCCUCAAAACAGCUGAUCGGGCUGCUUGGCGCUAAAAAACACCCUAGCGGCAUCGUCAGGUCAGACUUUAUUUUCAAGGAUGGAAUUCUGAGGGUCAAACGAGUCGGUGUGUCGCCAGAGAAGAGCUUCAAUGGUGUGAUCGAGCUAGUCAAGGGCCUCGGUGAGUGAGUUUUAUCUUUGCGUCUUGCAGAAUGUUCGGUUCCUGCGCGGAAAAUACCGAAGUUUUCACUAUGCAAAGUGCGCGGAUUGCCGACGAUGGCAAUAAUUAGAGAUCGCAGCUUGCAUAUUGUUGCAAUUCCAGCCUGAUACAUCAUGUGAACAUCUCGGACAUGCGUUUCAAUACGAAUAUAAAUGGACAGAGAAUAAUCAGUAUUAGCCGGCC